AUGGACCGCCAUAAAACGCUGCCUCCAGUACCUACUCGCCAGCAGGCCCCUGAGAAACUUGGCUCGUUCUCACCAGAGACAUACAUCCAAUUGCUGGAAGACGAAAACGAGCAGCUGCGGCUUCGCAACCAAGAAUUAAUUAAGCAGAUGCGUGCAUUGGAAGCCAAAUUGGCUGCAGAGAUACAGACUAAGGCGAGUUUGUCUGAAAAUUUGAAGGAGACGAAGGGUGAAAUCAGGCGUCGCGAUGAGACCAUCGCCAACAUUGCAGGAAGAAUCGUCCAGGAGUUUCAGCGCUAUGCCGACUCCGUACAAGGUCAGUCUGUGGAAGAAGGAUACAUUCCGAUUGGCUAUAGCUAUUUCGAUUCAAGUUCUUGA